AUGGGCAAGAAAAUUGUGUUCCGCUGGGACUUUGGAGGAUUGGCUUCUGCUGGAGCCACUUGUGUGACCCAUCCUCUGGAUCUGAUCAAGGUCCAUCUUCAGACUCAGCACAGAGCAAAUAUUGGCUUUGCUGGCAUGACAGUGAGGGUGAUUAGCGUCAGUGGCUUUAUGGCACUUUACAAUGGGCUCUCUGCCUCACUCUGUAGACAGCUGACCUAUUCUGUGACUCGCUUUGCCAUCUAUCACUCACUUCGGGACCAUGUGAUACACGGCCAGAAGCAGCACCUGCCCUUCUAUCAGAAGGUGUAUAUGGCAGCCCUUGGAGGUUUUGUUGGCGGGUUUGUGGGGACCCCAGCAGAUAUGGUGAAUGUUAGGAUGCAGAAUGAUGUGAAGAUGCCAGUGCACCUGAGGAGGAAUUAUUCCCAUGUGCUGAACGGGAUGACUCGUAUAAUUCGAGAAGAGGGGUUUUCGACAUUAUUCUCUGGUGCUACCCUGGCAUCAGGGCGAGGGGCUUUGAUGACAGUGGGACAGGCAUCCUGCUAUGACCAAAUCAAGCAACUGGUGCUCACCUCGACUUCCUUCUCAGACAGCCUCAGCAUCCACAUUAUAGCCAGUUUCAUUGCUGGUCUGUAUGCCACCUUGCUAUGUCAGCCCUUGGAUGUGCUCAAGACUCGAAUGAUGAAUGCCCAGGAUUAUGAUAGUAUCAUUCAUUGUGUAUCAGAGACAGCCAAAUUGGGACCUCUGGCAUUUUACAAGGGUAUGUUCCCUGCUGCUAUCCGCCUGAUACCACGUACCAUUUUAACCUUCGUCUUCUUGGAGCAACUUCGGUUAAACUUUGGAAUCCCAAUAAAAAGUGACUUGGGUCAAGACUGA